AUGUCUUCCUCCUCUGAUAACCAGAACCCCGGCCUGCUUGGUGGGCUCGGCAACACCCUGGGCAAGACUGUGGAUGGAGUAACUGGUACCCUAGGCACCGCCGUUGGGGGAUUAGGAAAAACCGUUGGUGGAGCGACUGAGGGCCUGGGGAAGACUGUCAGCGGCACCAGUGAAGGGCUCGGCAACACCACUCAGAACGUUGGAGAGUCGGCAGGGGGCAUAUUCAGCAACAAUGAGCAGAAGAAGUGA